AUGCGUCAUGAACCUAUUUGUGUCGUUACUGACCAAGAUCCAGCUGUUAAGAUUGCAGUUGCUCGUGUGUUUGGUACAUCAAAACAUAGAUUCUGCAUGUGGCAUAUAAUGUGCAAGGUUGGUGAGAAGGUUGGACCGGUCUUAGCUAAGGACGAGGUGUUUAGGAGGAAGUUGAAUGGCAUUGUUUGGAACAAAUCUAUAGAUUCCAAAGCUUUUAAGGAUUCAUGGAGUCGUAUCAUAGAGGAAUAUGGUUUGGUUGAUAAUGGUUGGUUUCGUUACUUGUUCGAGUCUCGUACAUUUUGGGCAUCUCCAUACUUUCAUGAUGAGUUUAUGUCGGGAUUUGUUAGGACAACAUCUCGAUCAGAGUCUCAAAAUAGUUUUUUUGGCAGUUUCUCCAAUGGUCAUUCCAGUUUGGUUGGGUUUUUGGUGCAUUUUGAUAGUGCUAUUAGUGCACAACGACAUGCCCAAGCAAAAUUGACUGAUGACUCUGAAUCAUGCUUUCCUGUUUUGAAGACUCCAUUGGCGCUGGAAAAACAUGCAAUGGAUGUCUAUACCAUUUCUGUAUUUUAUGAUGUGCAAGUAGAGAUUUGUGAAGGUUGUUUUUCUUGUCGAGUGGUCUCUUUGUGUGAGUGCGAUGGUAAGGUGUGCUAUGGGAUAAAAGAUGGUGACAAGAAGGCAUGGUGUGUGGAGUUUUUGUUGGCUGACUGUACUGCUAUAUGUUCAUGCAAGAUGUUUGAGCGGAUGGGGUUGGUGUGUAGGCAUAUUUUUUUUGUGUUUAAAGAUCGUGGACUUGAGAGAAUUCCUUCUAUGUAUUUGGUGUCUCGGUGGACAAAGGCUGCUUGUUUGAAGCCAAUAUUUGAUAUUGAUAAUACGGUUGUUGAUCAAUCGGCUAAAGUGGAUAAUGUUAGGGUGAUUACUAAUCUAAUGUGGUCUGAAAUUUAUGCUUGCGUGGGAUUGGCUGAUGGUAAUGUAGAACGGUUGGAACAACUAAGACGUGUUAUUUGUGAGCAAAGGGAGUUUUUUUUUUUUAUCAAAGAUGGGUGUGACGAUGACAAUGGGGUAGCUGGUAGCAGCAAAGAAAGUGUGAUUAAAUCAUUUUGUGGUGAUGUGUCUCAGGGGUCAACAGUGGAGGUUCGUGAUCCAAUUAAAGUUAAGAACAAGGGCGGCGGGAAGCGGAUGAAGAGUGCAAGGGAGAAAGCUGUGAAUAAGUGUGUAAAGCAAUCAAGGAAAUGCCAUACUUGUGAUGAAUAUGGUCAUAAUAGUAGGACGUGCCCAUUAAAUGGCUAG